UUCAAUCACCUUCAACACUUGAUUUGAUUGAUGCAUUGCGAACAAAAAACUAUCAUGGAAGAUUUUUUCCAGUAAACCUAGACAUGUAGAUGUGAGCAAGCUGCAUGGAUGAAGGCACAUUGGCACUCGAAGUCCGCAGCAGAUAUUUCUCCUGAUAUUGGAGGCUGAUUCAUAGAAUAUUCACAACAGGUUCCUGCCUUUCAGCGCAAGUAUCGGGAACAGCAGAAGCUGAGCCAGAUGAAGUGCGUCUGCAUUGUCAAACCAGGGUUCCCAAAUAAAUCGGCCACGUUGUUCUUUAAAAACACUUUCUAUUCUCGUUCCGGGCGUGGAUUCAACGAUUCCCAUGUUAAAUUUUACCGUCGUCGGGAAUGAUCUUAUGCUUUCGGUGAAAUCAAUGAAAAAGCCAAGGAAUACUUUUGCGUCGGCACGGGAUGGAGCUCUAGUCGGCACAACGCUGCACAAUUGAAGUCGCUAUCCGGUAACUACUUAUUAGUCAGAGAUAUCAGUCGGAGAAAGUUAUGGGUAAUUGGUAGUCGGCUUGAAGCUCAUGACUCACUAAACCGUUCGGGUGUUUUGAGGAGUGGGAGUGGCAAGUGAAGAUUAGUGGCUUGGCACCUAAAAUUAGUGAAGACGAGGGAGUUAUGAAAGGAUUAGUGAGACUGGGGAGCCAACUUGUUUUUGGUCCAAGAACGUAGGAGUGGGCUUCGCGAGGGACUUGUACACAGUGUGCUCAGUUUCUGGCUAUGGCGGUAGGUCCUCAAUUUUGCUCGAGCGGAAUUAACAGGGGCAAGAAGCGUGCGGAAAUGAUGGAAGGAGGGCGAGGAUUGAAGAAAGGGGCUAAGGAAGGUGGAGGCCUGAUGCAUGCAGGUGGAAUUGGGAGUGGCAAGAGCGGCUUGUUCGUGGAGUUGCGUAACAUCAUUUCCUGCUGUUAUCGACCCGUGACAAAAGAGGUAGACGGCGCGUGGCCGAAAUUAUCCGCGAUCGGUAACGACAUAGAGCAUUUCGACAGUAUCUCGUCGAAGAAUUUGGCGAAGAAAGCCGAUGUCUGCGAUGAAACGGGAUUGAGCACUUGUCGGCAGCGUGCAGUGGACGGGAACGAUGUUGAGUGUUCUUGCGAGGCUGAAGAAACUUAUCUUUCGGCUAGAGGAAACGCCGAAGAAGAUGUUGAUGAAUGCUGUCUUUGUCACUUAUCAAAAGCAGAGGAGGCAUUCAUUACAAGCUGCAGACAUCGAUUCUGUCGUAGUUGUAUCAAAGAACACGUCUCUAAGAUUGUGAAAGAACCCAAUAACCCUUCUUUAGAGGUUCUUGCAACUCGCUCCCGCUGUCCCAAGCCCAGUUGCUCGGGGGAACUUUCCUGGAGAGACUUCAAGGAACUUCUUGGAGAAAAAAGAGUGCGGUCUUAUGGAAGAUGGCUUGGCUCGAAUUAUAGCAAUUAUUUUGCGCCUCUUACGAGGCCGACGUUAUCUCAAGAAAAUCGCAUGCAUUGUUGGAAUGUUAAAUGUGAUCAGAAGAAGCCUAGCGCAAUCCUAUCCGUGAAAAACAUGAAAGAUCUGCUCAUACCUGAAGUGGGAUACAUCGAAGAAGGAAGCAGAGUAUUCUGGUUGUGCACAAGUUGUGACUCUGCCUGGUGUGCUUUUUGUGGGAAGCAAAUGCCAGUAAGUCGAAUCAAGAGUGAUCCAAACAAAUUGCAUACGCAUUGUACGGGAAAAUGGAGAUUUAUGGUUUACAAAUGUAUGGUGGAGCUCGAGGAGGCUUGUAAAAUCCUUUCACGAGGAAAACAGGAUACAUCAGAACGCAAGACCUCAUCAAGGUCUAGUAUUUCUACAAUCUGGGCCGCCGGAACAGGUUACGGUGGAGAUAACACAGAAAACAAUAAAAAUGCAGAGCAUAUGUUGGUUGCAGCUAAAAAAAAGGAGUCUGAACUUGAUACUAGAGUUUCGGCUGCCUUCGACUAUUUAGGCAUUACUUUGAACAAAAACAAAUGUUAUGACGAAAAAGGGCGUCGCUCUCUUUUGCCCCCAGAAAUUUGUGUGUUCCUUGGAGUGGGAAACACUUUGAGGAGCGUGUUAUGCCAUUUGGCCACCAAUGAUUCCAUGUUAGACAUCUCAGAGAGGAGGAACCUGUACAACAAAAUGAUUACACUUUUGAAAGAAGUAAAGCUUUGCGAGGAACUGGCUUCCAUUUUGUCGGAAUCGAACAAGACUGGAGUUUCCGACGAUCAAUUAGUCUGGGUGGCUAACCGUGCUGUCGCAUCCAAGAGAAAUAAAACCAACCUGAAUGGUGAUAAGGUGAUUGAUGACGAGAACACAGUUCCCAAGAAAAUGAAAAACACUUACAGGCAGGCAAAGGUCAUGCUGCAGCGCUUUCAAGCUAACGAAACCACUGAUGUGGCUGCUCAAAUGGAUAUCAACCUCGCCAAAGACAUAUGUGAUUGUUACGAAUUACUGCAAGGAGAUACGACCAUGACUCCUGAAACUUCAGACUUGGGAGAUGAUACAGUUCCGACUCAAAAGAGAUCAGGAGUAAAAGACGGGGAUUCAAGAGUUGCGAUCUAUAAAGAGAAACUUAAGCCACUACAGUUUCAAGAGGUUAAAAUGGUGGAUGAGAAUGGGCAGUAUAGGCAUCACUAUAGAGAUCAAAUUGCAGGAAAGGCGUCCCAAUCAACGGUUAUUGACAAGAGAGGAAUUCACAACCAGAAGCGCAUGUUGUAUAUGGUGAAGGAGGUGUCAUCAUUAUCAACAACAUUACCUUUGGAAUGGGAAUCUGGGAUUCAUCUUUGUGUUGACGAAAAUCGUAUGGAUGUCUUACGAGCUUUGAUCAUAGGCCCGAAUGGUACUCCAUACCAGAAUGGGAUUUUCCUCUUUGACAUAUUUCUGCCUGCGGAUUAUCCUCAAGUUCCACCUUCUGUGCACUUCCUAACUACUGGAGGUGGCAAAGUGCGAUUUAAUCCAAAUCUUUACGAUACGGGUAAGAUCUGCUUAAGUCUGUUGGGUACAUGGAGUGGACCCGGAUGGACUCCUGGUAAAUCUACUUUAUUACAAGUGUUGGUAUCUAUCCAAUCUCUCAUAUUUGUACGAGACCCAUACUACAAUGAACCUGGGUAUGAGAAAAAGAAAAGCACAGAUCAAGCUGAGAGGGAAAAUAUGCGUCAUCGGGAACACACACUGUCACUAGCCGUGCUAGCACCAUUACGAAAGCCUGACUCCAUGUUUUCAAACCUUAUCUACGAGCAUUUUAAGCAUAAGCGAGAGGAGGUGGAACAACAAUGCAAUGAGUGGUUGAAUUUGACCACAGAAAUCACAGCCAAACAACGAAUGGCUUCUCUUGUAAAGGAUAUACAAUCGGAACUUCAAAAUCGUUACGAUUAAACCAGAGGUUCUUAAUUCCCUUGUACAAAGACAAAUGAUAGAUUUGUAAGACCUUGUGUGUGCUGGUUGAGGGAUAAAGGUUACAAGUGCGAAAUUAAGGUAAUAAAAUUAUGUGAUCGUAGAACCAUCAAUGCAGCAGCAUAGCACCACCAUACCUUUGUUCCAAGGUAACGUAAUAAUACGUUAGGAUUCAUUGGUGUGAACUGAAGUAUCCCCUGUGUUAUAUCUGGUAUGGUUAUGUAUAUGCGACUCUUCAAUGUAAAUAUUCGUGGUAAUGGACUGCUAUUAAUUUAUCAGAGUGACGACUUCAACUCCAA